AUGCACAACAUCAUCAGUUCAAGUGACGACGGCGGCGCAGCUCAGGCGGCAGACUGCGGCUGCCGAAGCACAAAGGAGCUGCAUGCAGCAGAUUCAACACUUACAGAAUCUAACUGCAGCAGCAGCAAGCCAUGCAAGGUAUCUUCCACAGCAGCAUCAGCAGCAGCAACUGCAGCAGAAGACGACAGGGCCCCUGCUGCUGCACUGGGCCCCCACGAGUCUGGAAUAGGCAAGCGCGCUGCCUGCUUGGAUGGCGCAUCUACAGCUCCUGCAGCAGCAGCAGCAGCAGCAGCAGUGAGAGCUGCCCCAGUGCAUGCAGCUACUCAGGCUUGCUUGGAGCCUUCUAUUGGCAGUAAUUCAGCUGAAGGUUCUUCUGUAGGUAUGCAACUCACACACAUGAUGCCUCCGGAGUCCAAAGGCGACGCAACAGCAGCAGCAACAGCAGCAGCAGCAGCAACAGCAGCAGCAACGGCAGGAGGAGGUGCAGCAACAGCAUCAGGGGGUGUUCAUGAUGUACAUAUUCGUUCUUUUCCUUCUCGUCAAGAUACUCGUCGAGGAGAGAAGAUGGGAGCUAAUUGCCUUGGCGGCGGCGAGCGACAGUUUGUCUCUCGAGGUGUACAGACAGCUUGGCCUUCUGUAGCGCAGCUGUCUGUACACUGCAACCGCCAGCCCCCUCUUCGCGAAUUCGCUCAUUUGCCGCCUUUUCAGCGAUUUGUUAUUCCUAAAGACAGCUUCACAGAUCAGUGCGGAAGAGGGAAGCUUAUAGGAGAUAAUUCAUCCGGCUGUUCUUCGCGUUGGUAUUCAAAUGGGGCAGAAAAAGAUAUGCGGGACGAAUGCAAGAACAGCUGCAAUGCUAAAGGCGUUUCAGCGUUUUAUAGAAGAUUAUUCUCCGGCUCCGUAUGA